AUGCCCCGUACUCUGGCAGGCGAGGAUGUCGCAGCGUUGCUCGCUGAAUUGGACGUCGCACAAGCUCCUUCACCGGACGCCAUUCGCCAGGAGAUCAUCAACGACUGGCUCAUCCCGUCCAAGGGAGGCCACAAGGAACUGCACGAGCCGAGUUGGAGGUUGUGAGUCGCGUUCCUGCGCUCCUGUCGUAGGGCCUGCUGGAGCUGAAACGUUCCCCCCGCUUGAAUCGGUCGAGCGCAGAAACUGGAACCGACCGGUCGACGUCCGCUCGCUGUUGCACGUCGAACCGACCCACCCAACGACCUCAUUGACCCUGCUCACCUCGGGUCUCGACGGCCACAUCUCGGGCUACAGAGAGACGACCGUCACCGCUUCGAGUCAAGCCAGGACCGCACUCAAUUCAACCCGCCUCGACAGGAAGCCGGCCAACUACUCCCACGAUGGCUUCGUGCGCGGUAAGAGCACCUACUACCCCUUCCGACCGGGAGGGCUCGGCGAGGUCAUCGGCCUGCAAGAGGCGCAUGAUCUCUCCGAACGGCAAACCGAGAGGUUGGAAAACGCGUUCGAGAAAGGCUCUGGUCAGUUCAGCAACGAUCGGCUAGACUUCCGGCCGAGUGCAAGUCGGGGAGGCCCCUGACCCCGAGCUGAACUCGAACCCCCCUCUCUUCGCAAUCAACUGCGUGUCAGGUGGGAUCAGGACCGUACCACCGGGCUUCACAAGAGGCUUGGACUUUGGAUCGGUCGAUGAAGGUGAAGAGGCGUUGAUGGAAGAGGAGGAACAGGUUGGCAGUCACGUCGAACCCAUCUACCAGCCGAUGCUCAACGUCGAACUGGCCUCAACCAGAGAAAGCGUCAGUUGCUAGCGCCAACCUCGGACUGACAAGCUGCGCAUCAUUGAUUCCGAGCACCCUUUGAAACAGUCUUCGCGGAAAAAGAGUGCGACAGCACCUCAACUAGACCCCGCAAUCGACAAGUUGCUGCCCACCGAGGUCUGUUGGGUCGCGCCAACCUUGUCCAAAGCAAUUCACCAAUUGACAAGACAAUUUCCUAAUACCCGUAGAGUACCCUCAAUGUCACAACCAAGACGACGUCCACAAGACGGAGGCCCGUCAUCGCCAAGCGUGACUGGGCACACGUCGUUGAUGUCAAUCGGGAAAUCGCAAACUUCAGUCAGCUCGUUCCCGACAUGGCACGAGAAGUAAGUCCUGCAUUGGUUGUCCGGUUGGAACUCGACAUCUUAUCAACGCAUUACCCGAUGUAGUACCCUUUCGAGCUCGAUACCUUUCAAAAAGAAGCAAUAUACCACAUGGAACUGGGGGAAUCCGUCUUCGUGGCGGCCCACACGUCCGCAGGCAAGACCGUCGUGGCAGAAUACGCCAUCGCGCUCGCAGUCAAGCACAUGACUCGUGCCAUCUACACCUCGCCCAUCAAGGCCUUGUCGAACCAAAAGUUCCGGGACUUUCAGCGAACGUUCGAACCGAGUCAGGUCGGUAUCUUGACGGGAGAUGUGCAGAUCAAUCCGGAAGCGAGCUGCUUGAUCAUGACGACCGAGAUCCUGAGGAGUAUGCUCUACAAGGUCAGUCACAACGUUCGUUCUUUGGCGGUCUCAAGGGCUAACAGGGCUUCUUAUACUUGACUCGUAGGGGGCGGAUUUGAUUCGAGACGUCGAAUGGGUCAUCUUUGACGAAGUGCACUACGUCAACGAUCUCGAGCGAGGUGUCGUCUGGGAAGAGGUCAUCAUCAUGCUCCCCGACCACGUCAACAUCAUCCUGCUCUCGGCGACCGUACCCAACACCAAGGAGUUCGCAGAUUGGGUCGGUCGAACGAAGAAGAAGGACAUUUACGUCAUCUCGACGCCGAAACGACCGGUCCCGCUCGAGCACUACCUGUACGCUGGGAAAGAGUUGCACAAGAUCGUCGAUUCGAAGGGACAGUUCCUGGGAACUGGGUGAGUGGGACGCGUCCGACCAAAUUUGGCUAUGGUAAGAACCUGCUGACAAGAUCUUCGACCCUCUUGAGCUAUUAGAUACAAGGAGGCGAACGAGUCACUGAAGCGAAAGCAAGAAAAGGACCGAGAGGCCGCCGGUCUGGGACCUCUCACGGCGACAGGCGGUAGAGGAGGAGCCGCGGGUGGGCGAGGCGGCGCUGGCGCGACUGCUCGAGGUGGGGGCCAGAAUCGAGGUGGAGGCAACGUCGCUCGAGCAGUCGCUUCGAGAGCUGCUUCGAACGCUAUGAGGGGUUCUCGGGGAGGGAUGGCGGCAGGACGGAAUGCACAAGGCAGAGGAGACGCCACGCUCUGGAUCCAUCUCAUCGGAUUGCUCAAAAAGAAGGAACUGUUGCCCGUGGUCGUCUUUACGUUCUCGAAGAAGCGGUGCGAAGAGAACGCAGCGAGCAUGCCGAAUACGGAUUUGCUCAACGCCGCGGAGAAGAGCGAGGUGCAUGUCGUCAUUGAGAAGAGUUUGACCCGGUUGAAGGGUAAGUCAAGUGUGGUGUUGGGUCACGACGAUCGAGAUCACUGAGUACGUAUGACCCUUUUCAGGCUCGGACAAGAUGUUGCCUCAGAUCCUGAAUAUGCGGCAACUUCUUGGACGGGGCGUCGGUGUGCACCAUGGUGGUCUCCUUCCUAUCGUCAAAGAGGUGAGCCUGUAAUGCUCGUAACCAUCCUGACAGAUCCGAGACUGAGACCUAUCGUAUUGUAUGGUAGAUCGUGGAGCUGCUGUUCGCCAGGGGUUUGGUCAAAGUGCUAUUCGCUACCGAGACAUUCGCAAUGGUAAGUAGUAGAGAUUUGGAGCCUUCCGUUCCCAUAAACCCAGGCUGACGAGUACAUGUGUGACAGGGCGUCAACAUGCCGGCCAAAUGCGUCGUCUUCGCGAAUAUCCGCAAACAUGAUGGCCGCUCGUUCCGAGAUCUGCUCCCCGGCGAAUAUACGCAAAUGUCGGGUCGAGCGGGACGUCGAGGACUGGACAAGACGGGAACGGUGAUCAUCGUCGCCGAUUCCGACGUACCCGAGACGACGACCUUGACGCACAUGCUCCUCGGCCAACCGACGAAAUUGCAGAGUCAAUUCCGCUUGACCUACUCGAUGAUCCUGAACCUCUUGCGGGUCGAGGCACUGAGGGUCGAAGAGAUGAUCAAACGCAGUUUCUCGGAGAAUGCUUCGCAGAGGCUGCUGCCUGAACACGAGAAGAAGGUGGUCGAGGGCAUGAACGAGUUGAAAGCGCUGAAGAAACUGCCCGCGGGGCCGGAAACCGAAGAACUGUCACGGUUCUAUGAUCUGGAGGCACGGCUGGUUGAGCUCAAUACGGCCGUCCUGGAGGGCGUGCUUUCCCACCCUCAGUCGGCAAAGGUCUUAUCAGCUGGUCGCAUCGUGAUUCUCACGGAUGGCGUGAGUCUUCGUUCACUCCUGCCCUCGCCGUGAAGGCAUGUGCUGAACCGGUGUUCUCCGUUUCCGCAGCACUUCCGGGACAGCCCAGCAGUCAUUCUCAAACAAGCUCCCUUGGCAACUCUACCGUCCGGGGUCAUCGAUCCCACGAAGCAGUUCUUCGUUCUCGCCUUCGUGCCCCCCGAAAUAAAGGCUGGUCACAACGACCUUGCCGCAGACGCCGUCCCACCACGGUGGCCGCCCCGGCCGAACGCUGCAAGCACCGAGCAAGAACUGACUUACGAGCUGGCUAUCGUACCCAUCACUUCCAUCUCGCUUGUGACGGCAUCGACGAUGAAGGUAAGUGUCGUCGAACGUGCUGGGAAAGCAGCAACUCCUGGAAGGAGACUGACCCCUCCAAUACCUAACCAGGUCGAUGUGGACGGUAUUGCCGAGCGACAUCGUAGAACGCCUAUGGAGGCUGCUCUUGCCCAGUGGAAUGUGAUGGCCAACACGCCCGACCUCUUGCGGGAAUCCGACUGGUCCAAGAUCCGCGGCCUCGAGUUCAGGACAGCGUUGACCGAACGUGACGAACGAGCCAAAGAGCUCAAUUUCUUUGACACCACGAGUCCCGACUUUGAUGAAAAUGUAGGUCAACAGAUUCGUUCAUUGAAUGUCUUGAUCCCAAGCUGAAUGGGCCAUUCAUUUGGCGCAGUAUCGACUACUUCAUGUGGAGCGAACUCUGCAAGACAAGAUUGCGACAUUGCGCAUGGCCCUAAGCGAGCAAAACUUGGAGCUCCUGCCCGACUACGAGCAGCGCAUCGCUGUGCUCAAGGAGCUACAAUUCAUCGACGAGAAUUCGACCGUGCUCAUCAAAGGUCGCGUCGGCUGCGAGAUCAAUUCGGCCAACGAGUUGGUCUUGACCGAACUCAUCCUCGACAACACCUUCGCCACGUUUGAGCCCGAGGAAGUCGUCGCUUUACUUUCGUGCUUCAUUUUCCAAGAAAAGACUGACGUUGAGCCGCUACUCACACCCAAACUUGAAGAGGUGCGCUAACAUGAUUCUUUUUGAUUCGCGAUUCCCUUCCAACACCGAGCUGACAAUCGAGGGCCUCAAAAUUGUGCAGGGCAAAGCGACGAUCGUCGAAAUCGCGGACCGGGUUGAAGCAGUGCAAAGCCGCCAUCGCGCCAACUUUGCCGACGACGGCCAAUUCGGCAACGGAGGACUCAAGUUUGGUCUCGUGGAAGUCGUUUACGAAUGGGCGAAAGGCAUGGUCAGUUUCUGCAGUUCGAUCGCCUUCCGCCCCCACAUCACCCCCACGUGAACGUGCUGACCGAUCCCGCGCGCUGUGCAUUUUUGGAAAAUCGCAGGCGUUCAGCCAAAUCACGGCGUUGACAGAUGUGCAAGAAGGAACGAUCGUUCGUGCCAUCACCCGACUCGAUGAAACGUGCCGCGAAGUGCGUGAUGCCGCACGCAUCGUCGGCAACUCGGACUUGUUCACUAAGAUGGAGCAGUGCCAGCUCAAGAUUCGGCGCGACAUCGUGUUCUGUGCUAGUCUGUACUUCUGA